AUGUCAGGAAAAGUGGAUAAGCGUUCAACGCAAAACUCCAAUAAACAAUCCUCAAAGAGUGACCUUAAAUCUCUUGCUGAGAAAAUAAAACAGAAGGCUCUUGAGAAGCAGAAGAAGGAAGCCAAGCAAGAGAGCGAAAAAGCAGAAGAAUGGUCUACAUCGAAGGAAGAAGAAGGAGAAGAAAAAGAGAACGAAGAAGGAGAAGAUAAUGAUGGUGAUGCUGAGUUUGAUUCGUUUUCAGAAUUGGACCUUGUGCCUGAACUUAUUGAGGCAUGUAAGAACUUAAACUAUGCGAAACCAACUCCAAUCCAGUCUCGCGCAAUUCCACCGGCAUUGAAGGGAAGUGAUAUUAUUGGUCUUGCUCAGACUGGAUCUGGUAAAACCGCUGCCUUUGCUAUACCCAUUUUAAACAAACUGUGGCACGAUCAGCAACCUUAUUACGCUUGUGUCUUAUCUCCUACGAGAGAACUUGCUCAACAGAUCAAGGAAACGUUCGACUCUUUGGGAAGUUUAAUGGGAGUUCGUUCAGUUUGUAUUGUAGGUGGUAUGAAUAUGAUUGAUCAAGCGCGGGACUUAAUGCGUAAGCCACACAUAAUUAUUGCCACACCUGGAAGAUUGAUGGACCAUCUGGAGAACACGCGAGGCUUUUCCCUUCGUAAACUGAAAUUUCUGGUCAUGGAUGAAGCUGACCGUCUUUUGGAUAUGGAAUUUGGUCCUGUGUUGGACAGAAUUCUAAAGAUCAUCCCUACUCAAGGUAGAACUACUUAUCUAUUCUCUGCGACUAUGACAUCCAAAAUCGAUAAACUACAAAGAGCAAGCUUAACCAACCCUGUGAAGUGUGCGGUAUCCACUAAAUAUCAGACUGUCGAGACACUCGUUCAAACUCUAAUGGUUGUUCCCGGUGGGCUUAAAAACACUUAUCUGAUCUACCUCUUGAAUGAGUUCAUAGGAAAGACUAUAAUAGUUUUUACGAGAACUAAGGCAAAUGCCGAAAGGAUUUCUACCUUAGCCAAUCUUCUAGAGUUUAGUGCUACAGCUCUACAUGGUGAUUUGAAUCAAAACCAAAGAACUGGUGCAUUGGAUUUGUUUAAGGCUGGAAAAAGAUCGAUAUUAGUCGCUACUGACGUUGCCGCUAGAGGUUUAGAUAUCCCUUCGGUCGAUGUGGUUAUAAAUUAUGAUAUACCUGUUGAUUCGAAAUCUUAUAUUCACCGUGUUGGUAGAACUGCAAGAGCUGGUCGUUCUGGUAAAUCGAUUUCAUUGGUGUCCCAAUAUGAUUUAGAAUUAAUUCUUAGAAUUGAGGACGUUUUAGGACGAAAACUUCCAAAGGAAAAUGUCGAUAAGAGCAUCAUUCUCUCAAUGAGAGAUACUGUUGACAAAGCCAAUGGUGAGGUUGUGAUGGAACUCAAUAGGAGAAGCAAAGAAAAAGCCGCUCGUGGAAAAGGGAGAAGAGGGAGAAUGUCGGCAAAAGAUAACAUGGAUAGAGACGAGCAAUAA